AUGGCCAUAUCCACCACGUUUUCCCCUGCCCCUGACUCUGCGCUGGCGCAGGUCAAGGAUGACGAAAUUUCACGACAACAACAAUUAUCAGGGACGGUCCGAAAGGACAUGAGCGCAGAGUCCAUGCCGCCGCCGCCACGACCCUUUAGCGAUCUCCCCCCAGGCAGGCGAUUUACACAUGCCCGCGCGCACUCAAUGGCCUCUUCUGGUUCGAGACAAGCCAACAGGCUCUCACUAACACUGCCCAUUGCACCCGCAUCUAGGGUUGAGCCCAUCCGCCCGCCCUCAUCCGCGGGGCCGCCCGCAACACUCUCGUCAAAACCACCUACACCGGCACAGACACCCGUGCUCCCCGCUCUCGAAGACGCGAACGAUUUUAUAAUAGCAAUCGCCGCGCAAGAGAGAAAGGUGCUGGAGCUCCGCGAAGAACUGGCACGUGCCGAGGCCGAUCUGACCUCUCUCAAGGGGCAAUGGACAUCGAAGGAGUCCAUGCAGAAGCGUGCCGCCGAGAUUCAAUCCCGGUCCCUCGCCUCCCCUCAGCGGUGCCCGACACCCGAUGCCACGGCGUCUCCGACAAGACAGAGCGUCGACCAGGAUCGUAAGAAGCUCUGGCUACAGUCGCAACAAAAUUCUCCCUCUACGCCUACACAAGGCCGCAGAAAAGUCAUGCGAGGAGGCCACACGCGCACGCUGUCGCUUCUAUCGCCCGCUAGGUCUGAUGCACCCUUCAACCUUCACGAGGAUAGGGUCAGCAUCGAUAGUGCCAUGGUUCAGCCUCUGCAUGAACGGAUGGCGCCACCACUAGGACAGCCUUCAGCGCUGUCAAAGCGGGCGACAUGGCAACCACGCAGCCAACCACAGCCGUCGGUUGUGUUCCCACUUGUCGAGGACUUUAAGCUCGGCUUGCGCGCCUUUGUGGAGGACAUUCGACAAAUCACAGUUGGCGACGAACCGAUUACCGGGCCGGCUACAGCUACGCACCGGCACUCUACUGCGCUGCACACGAGAACGCUCAGUACAUCUGCACGCGAUCGCGACGCUACACCCACAGGUCACGAUCGCAAGUCGUCCGCAGCCACGAGAUCCAGAGUUAAUUCGUCGCUUGACGCGGUCAAGCAAGGACCUGUACUCGGCAGCAAGGCUGAUGAUGUUAUUUCCAUGCCUGAAAAGACAAAAGCGAGCGGAAAGGGCAAGCAGUUUUCAUGGACGCCGCUGGGCUUUGAAACGCUCGAGGACAAUGACUGGGCAAAUUGGGAAUCGCCAUCGUCUGUCAAGUCAAGCCGGUGGAGCGGCUCCACGAUGCACAACGGCAGUUUGGACGAGAUUGAGGCCAUUCCAGAAAAAGCCGAAGAGUCUACUACUACUACGCCUGUGAAAGCGAAGCGUGGGUCGCAGGAAAACGGUGUGCGCAACACAAAGCUCGACGAGCUGCUGCCCAGCAUGGUCAACCGCCUGUCGCCGAGCAACAUCAAACGCACCGCCAACAAUCUUAUGGACGAGUGGGAAAAGUCUCUGAUUGCACCUGAGGUCCGAGACAAGGAAAACGGUGUAUAA